ACUGCACACCAUCCCACCUUUGAACAUUUUUCUGUUCGCGUGAGUGAAGACGGAGAUCGCAGCCCAGCUUUGUUGCAGGAAGCGGAUUAUAUUCUCUCGGAAGUUUCUUCAGAAGUCUCGUCAUUCUCCGCGCCGAAUCAAUUGACUUCGAUUUUGCCCGGUUUGGCAAGAAUUUGACGUCGGUCUACACAGCGCUCUUUUGAAAACCACCCCAAGUGAUUUCUGUCCUUCUCGAGAUCUUGCUUUCCUCUUUUCUUCCACUCCGUACUCGCCUUGGAUGUCAACUCCUCUGUAGUCGCACUAACCAUCGCCAAGCACAAUGUCGGCCAACGACACAUAUCAGGACCCGCUGAACUCGCGGUACUCCAGCAAUGAGAUGAAGUAUCUUUUCAGCCCCCGCAACAGGUUUAGCACCUGGCGGCAACUCUGGAUCUGGCUGGCCGAAGCCGAGAAAGAGCUUGGGCUCGACAUCAGCGAUGAGGCCAUUGAACAGAUGAAGAAGCACCAGAUUAUUCAGGAUGAUGAGUUCAAGAUUGCUGCUGAAGAGGAGAAGAAGCGGAGGCAUGAUGUGAUGGCUCAUGUGCAUACAUUUGGCCUCAAGGCACCAGCUGCCGCGGGCAUCAUCCACUGGGGAGCGACGAGCUGUUAUUGCACUGACAAUGCGGAUUUGAUCUUCCUGAGGGAUGGGUUGGACAUUCUGCUUCCUAAACUUGCCACGGUCAUUGAGAAGCUUUCAUCCUUCGCGAAGGAGCACAAGAGCCUUCCCUGCCUGGCUUACACUCAUCUCCAGCCAGCUCAGUUGACCACCGUCGGAAAACGAGCUUGUUUGUGGAUUCAAGAUUUGUUGAAAGAUUUGAAGAACCUCGAGCGGGCACGGGAAGAUCUUCGAUUCAGGGGUGUCAAGGGUACUACUGGCACCCAGGCUUCCUUCUUACAGAUCUUCGAUGGCGACCACUCCAAGGUCGAGCAGCUGGACGAGCUCGUGACCAAGAAGGCCGGUUUCGAUUCAGCAUAUAUCAUCUCCAGCCAGACCUAUCCCCGCAAAGUGGACGCCGAUGUCCUGAAUGCUUUAAGCUCCUUCGGCGCCACCUGCGAGAACAUCGGACAAGCCAUCCGUCUCCUUGCCUCUUUCAAAGAGCUCGAAGAGCCCUUCGAGUCAACCCAGAUUGGCUCCUCCGCCAUGGCCUACAAGCGCAACCCCAUGCGCAGCGAGCGUCUCUGCUCUCUGGGCCGCAAACUGCGAAACCUCAGCGCCGAUGCCUCUGCAACCUACGCAGCGCAGUGGAUGGAGCGUACUCUGGAUGACAGCGCCAUCCGCCGCAUGUGCCUGCCCCAAGCUUUCCUCUCCACUGAUGCAUCCCUCAUCCUGCUCAACAACAUCGCUUCCGGUCUGGUUGUGUACCCCGCUGUUAUCAAGAAGCGAGUUGAAGCCGAGCUACCCUUCAUGGCCACAGAGAACAUUAUCAUGGCUCUCGUAAAGAAGGGCGUCUCCCGCCAGGAUGCCCACGAGGAAAUUCGCGUUCUGAGCCACCAAGCCGGUGCGGAGGUGAAGCAACACGGCAAAGAUAACGACCUGAUCGACCGCAUUCGGAGAACGGAAUUCUUCAAGCCGAUCGUCGGCGAGUUGGAUGAGUUGCUAAAGCCGGAGACCUUUACGGGAAGGGCGCCGCAACAGGUCGAUGCAUUUUAUACGAGGGAGGUUAGCAAGGCUUUGAAGGCUUAUGUGGAGGCUGGGACACUUAAGCUGCAGGAGGCCGCGGAGCUUCACGUUUAAAUUGGGCUCGAAUGGGGCUUCUGAUAGAUGGCAAUGGGAUAGAAAACACUUGUAUGAAUGUAGUACCUAGUGAGUAUUUGCAAUUUGACAUUUCUCUGGAUAAAAGAUGAAACUAUGGAAAGUAUGGGGGAU